UCUCACUCUUCCUGGACUGUUUUGGCCCUUGUUCUCAAUGAAGAUCCAUUCUUAUUGGUAACGGUCCUCUUUUCAUGAAAUGAUCUGCUCCUCGGUGGACUCUUGGCUGAAUAGUCAGCUCCUCCAACAGGACCUGGGAUCUGGCGGUGUUCUUGCUGUCUUCAUCAUAAUCCCUCUCUUUCCUUUUGUGGGAUUAUCAUGGCGAUGAAGCACUACAGCUUGUGACUAUCCACUGCUCUUUGCUGGACUUCUCUUUGUCCUUUUUUAUUAUUCUGGCUUUAAUUUGGUGAAAUACCAGGAGCCAGAAUGCUGAACCAGAGCGCUGUGAUCAUCUUCACUGGGAUUUGUGGGGGAUUGGUGGUCAUGGCGAUGGCCUACUAUGUCUACUGGUCUGUAGUAUUAGCUGACGGACCGUGUAAACGCGGCCUGUAAGAGGAUCCCAUCGGGGCUGGUCAUAGUGUAUAGAAAGGAGCCGACUCAGCUCUCCAGGCUCCUCAGCGAUGGCUGUGCUGGCCUGCCUGAAGAGCCUGUUCAUCCUGCAGUUGCUGAUGGGCUUUGUGUUUGUGGUGAGCGGCCUCAUCAUAAACUUCAUUCAGCUCUGCACCUGCAUCCUCUGGCCAAUAAACAAGCAGCUCUAUCGCAAAAUCAACUGCCGGCUGGCCUACUCCCUCUGGAGUCAGCUGGUGAUGAUGCUAGAGUGGUGGUCAGGCACAGAAUGCACCCUGUACGCUGACCAAGCUACGGUGGACAAGUUUGGCAAAGAGCAUGUCAUCACCAUCCUCAACCACAACUAUGAAAUCGACUUCCUGUGUGGCUGGACCAUGUGCGAAAGAUUUGGCAUCCUAGGGAGUUCAAAAGUGCUAGCCAAACACGAGCUGCUGAAGGUCCCUCUGAUUGGCUGGACCUGGUACUUCCUAGAAAUAGUCUUCUGCAAAAGAAAGUGGGAGGAGGACCGAAAGACUGUCUUCAAAGGACUGAGCGACCUCAAAGACUAUCCUGAAUAUAUGUGGUUUCUGCUGUACUGCGAGGGAACCCGCUUCACAGAGACGAAGCACCAAAUCAGUAUGCAGGUUGCCGAGAGUAAAGGCCUGCCCAAGCUCAAAUACCACCUGCUUCCCCGAACCAAAGGAUUCACCACCACACUGCAGUGUCUUAAGGGCACAGUAACUGCUGUAUACGAUGUGACUCUGAACUUCAAAGACAACCAAACUCCGACUCUCCUGGGCAUCGUCAACGGCAAGAAAUACAAAGCUGACUUGAGUGUGAGGCGGUUUCCUGUCGAGGACAUACCAGCUGAUGAGAAGGAGUGUGCAAUCUGGCUGCACAAGCUCUACCAGGAGAAGGAUGCCUUACAGGAAUUCUACAAAAAGGAAGGCAAGUUCCCCGGACCCACAAUAACCACGCAUCGCAGGCCAUGGACACUGCUGAACUUCCUGUUUUGGGCCACCCUGCUGCUUUCGCCCCUCAUCAACUUUGCUUAUGGAGUGGUUGUCAGUGGCUCCCCCCUCCUCAUCAUUGGUUUCAUCAUGUUCCUCAUUAUCGCCUCAAUAGCGAUCCGUCGCCUCAUAGGGGUCACCGAGGUUAACAAAACAGGCUCCAGUUACGGCAACCCGGAGGCCAAGAAGGAAAACUGAAGCGUGUCACCCCCCUCCCCUCUGUGUACAGCCGUUUCUGUACGGUCACCCUGCGGUAUCUCACCCCUACCCAACUCCAUUCUCCUCCAAUGUUGAGUCAUUUGGCAGACAGGGGAGAAGACCCACCCGUGAAAACAUGGAGACCAGAGUUAGAAAUACUAAUGGCACUAGUGUGAGAGAGAACAUGGCGGGUCUGGGGUUCAAGCUCUCUGUUGUAACACAGAACACGAGGAGGGGAGAUGAGCACUGUAUUCCCCUGCUUUUGUCUUAAUCCCACAGCCUACAUCCAAUUUAACACCCGAGUUUAAGCUCCUAACCUGUCUGAGGUCACAUGGACAGCCAGUCGGCCCAUUUCCUGCUCUGCUCUCCCAACCAUGAGUCAUCAGCCAAUCGGAGUGGUGACAUGCUCAUUCUUUUAGCCCACAGAACCAAGCAGAUUUGUCUCGGAUCUUUUUCAAUCGGAACCACCCGAGGGCAAAGCGUGUCUGUAACAUGCAGGACAUUUCACUCCCCCCCUUUUUCACUUAGUGGGACUCGUAAUGGGAACUGAUGCCUUGAGCCCCAGCCUGCUUUCCUUAUGUUAAAGGGUCUUUUCACCCAAAGCGCAAAACUUUUACCAUUUAACUUCUAGGUGCCCGGCCAGGCGGAUAGUUUGUGCCCAGAGUCUGAGAGCCCUCACUGACACUUCUCCUGCUCCUCCAGUACAAUGUAGCUGAGUGAAUUGUUGAAUAUGCCAUAAAAGUACACUUGAAAAAUGUAACAGCAUUGUCUUUCCAGAAACCAAUGUCUCUGUCUCCGCUUGAUAAUUUCGUACUAUUUUACUAUUACGAUUUGUCGUUGUAAAACAAUUAAUUAUGACAAUAACAACAACAAAAACAAUAAUAGUAUUAAAAAAGACCACAUUGACUUCAUUGGAUUAUCCAAAUAGAAUUGUUUCUUGGAAUCGACUACAGUUUUUCAUGUUUAGUUUUCAAUAAUUUGAGCAGCACCACUGACGUCAUCAGUCCACCUCUUUUGUGUUUGUUUAGCAGCAGAAGUCUCAUGGCAGAGAUCUCUGAACACAUCCCACAUCAUCUCCAGGGCUCGAUACUGCACGGGUCUUAAGUCUCAACAUCUUUUAGUUUUUUUUAUCAUGAUUUUGGUGAAUUGACCCAUUGACGUCUUGGCAUGGAGAUGUUGCCGUCGGCUCAAAUAAAGCCCGGCGAGGACACCUGCCAUCGGUUACAGAUCUCCUCUGGAGCCCGCAGCACCAACUCCCAUGGCUUCAUUGAAACAGUUUUUUUUCUUCUUCGGUUUCUAUUCCUAUUUUCACUUGCUUUACACAAAUAGGAAUUAGCAUACAUACUAUUUAAUUUUACUCCCUAAGUGUGAUGAUUAUUUAAUCAGCAAUCCCAGUUCAACCACUGAAGCUGUUCAACUCGCCCUCCUCCUCUGCUGGCCGCUUCAAUGCAGUGCACUCUGCUCUGCUCUGCUUCUGUGUGAAUUUCCGCGUAACCAGAUUCCUGGAAAAGGUCAUGAACCGUCUUCUUUAAAACGUCACCCACCUCUUCACUCUGCGCUGUGACCGGUCACCCAGUUCCUCAUCACACUGCAUCAAAGAGCACUGAGCAGUGUGCGUUCAUUUAAUUGGAUCACCAAAGCAAAUGAGUAAUUGAAAGCCAAAUCCCAGGAAGUUGUUAGUUUGUUGCGUCCUCGUACCCGGACGUAGUCGUCAGAUAAAGGAAGCUGCGCACAAAGCUUAGUUUCAUUUGCUGUCCCAGCCAUUGUUGUUGCACAGCUCCAUACAUUUCACCAUUUUUAUAAUCGGUCAUCCCAGAGUUGGUUGUUUUUGCCGCAACAAAAUCAACACUGGCUGCUGCAGUGGAUCUCUUCCCGUGUUAACGGCCCGUUGUCCUGGUCCAAAAUGCAAACAAUGGUAGCAAGACAUGGAAGGGACAUGUGUCCCGCUCGUCUCCUCUCCAACCCGCCCGUUCCACACGUGUUCAUCCUGCGUCACUCCUCAGCAGCAAUAUGUCGUGUACAUCCCCUCUGGAGUCAUUUCAUACAAGCCUUAAUAGACAGUGCUGCUUCAAUUGUGUGUGGAAGUGUAGACGCUAACUGAGCCCCUGUUGUGUCGUCCUGUAUAGAAAGCAAGUUGCCGGAAUUAGUUGCCAAGCAGCUUGUCCUAAAGUUAAUUAAGAAUUACAGAGAGAUGAGACUAGGUUAAGACUGCUCUUGUGCACAAAGAGCUUUGUUUGUCAUCACUUCACAUUUUUUUACAAUAAGAUACUUUGCUUCACCUAUUUGUUUACAGCUUUAGUAUCUUGGCCUGCUAUCUUUUUUUCUCAAGAGAUCUGAUCGGAUACCAACUCAUCCAAUUCAUGCUGUCAUUCAGUAAAACUCAUAUACAGAAGCAAGAAUGCUGAAAAGUUACGCUAGAAUAACUUUGUACACUGGAUGUUUUCUAUUCAGUAAAGGAAUAUACAUGGAACUUGUGUUUGCUGUUUUUUUUCUGAGCUCUCCAAUGGAAUCAAAUAACAUUACAAAUUGACACAAUAUAACUACUUUUUUUUAAUUUUGAUCAAGGAUAAUUGAGUUUGUGACACUUGUCAGGUUUUGUUUUUUAAGUCUAUUUUAAUGUUUUCUUCAAUUAAAACACUUGAUAAUAUUAAAGGAUUUAAUCACACAGCAA